AUGCUUCUCUCACAGACCCGCGGGCGUAUGCCCGCCGCUCUCCGGAGCCUCAGCCAGCGCUCUUUGAACAGACACCAGAACGCCGACGACAAGGAUGCCGGCCUCAACAAGGUCUCCCGCCAUAUCACCCAGCCCAUCUCGCAGGGUGCCUCCCAGGCGAUGUUGUACGCCACUGGUCUCAGCGAGGCGGACAUGAACAAGGCUCAGGUUGGAAUUUCGUCUGUGUGGUACAACGGUAACCCCUGCAACAUGCACCUGAUGGACCUGAACAACCGUGUCCGUGAGGGUGUUCAGAAGGCCGGACUGGUUGGUUUCCAAUUCAACACCGUCGGUGUCAGUGACGGUAUCAGUAUGGGUACCAAGGGUAUGCGCUUCUCCCUGCAGAGUCGUGACCUGAUUGCGGAUUCCAUCGAGACGGUCAUGGGCGGUCAGUGGUAUGACGCCAACAUCAGCAUUCCCGGCUGUGACAAGAACAUGCCCGGUGUGUUGAUGGCGAUGGGCAGAGUCAACCGGCCCAGUUUGAUGGUCUACGGAGGCACCAUCAAGCCCGGUUGCGCCUCCAUGCAGAACAACGCGGAUAUCGACAUUGUUUCCGCCUUCCAGGCCUACGGACAGUUCUUGAGCAAGGAGAUCACCGAGCCCGAGCGCUUUGACAUCAUCCGCAACGCCUGCCCUGGUGGCGGUGCUUGCGGUGGUAUGUACACUGCCAACACCAUGGCCACCGCCAUCGAGGUUAUGGGUAUGACCCUCACCGGUUCCUCAUCCAACCCUGCCGAGUCCCAGGCCAAGUACCUUGAGUGUCUCGCAGCCGGUGAGGCCAUCAAAACCCUUCUCAAGGAGGACAUCCGCCCCCGCGAUAUCCUGACCCGUCAGGCUUUCGAGAACGCCAUGAUUGUCGUCAACAUCACCGGUGGCUCCACCAACGCUGUUCUCCACUUGAUCGCCAUCGCGGACUCCGUUGGCAUCAAGCUCGACAUCGAAGAUUUCCAGGCUGUUUCCGACCGCACACCCUUCCUGGCCGACUUGAAGCCUUCUGGCAAGUACGUCAUGGCCGAUCUGCACAACAUCGGUGGUACUCCUUCCCUGCUCAAGUUCCUGCUCAAGGAGGGUAUCAUUGAUGGAUCCGGUAUGACUGUUACCGGUCAGACCCUGGCCAAGAACUUGGAGAAGGUUCCCGAUUUCCCCGAGGAUCAGAAGAUCAUCCGUCCCUUGUCCAACCCCAUCAAGCCCACCGGUCACAUCCAGAUCUUGAAGGGUACUCUGGCCCCUGGUGGCAGUGUUGGUAAGAUCACUGGUAAGGAGGGUCUCGUCUUCACCGGUAAGGCCCGCGUCUUCGAUGAUGAGGACGACUUCAUUGCCGCCCUCGAGCGCAAUGAGAUCAAGAAGGAGGAUAAGACUGUUGUUGUCAUCCGCUACUGCGGUCCCAAGGGAGGCCCUGGCAUGCCUGAAAUGCUGAAGCCCUCUUCCGCCCUGAUGGGAGCCGGUCUCGGUAACUCCUGCGCCCUGAUCACCGAUGGACGCUUCUCCGGCGGUUCUCACGGAUUCCUCAUCGGCCACAUUGUCCCCGAGGCCGCCGUCGGCGGUCCCAUCGGUCUGGUCAAGGACGGCGAUGUGAUCACCAUCGACGCUGAGAAGCGUGUCCUCGAUCUGGAUGUCGACGACACAGAGCUGGCCUCGAGAAGACAGCAGUGGGAGGCCGAUAAGACUGCCGGCAAGCUGCCUCCUACUGGUCUGACCCUCCGCGGAACUCUUGGCAAGUACGCUAGACUUGUCAAGGACGCCAGCCACGGCUGUAUUACCGAUGCCCUCGACUAAACGUCAUGCCGUGGGUUGUAACUUCUAUUCCAACUAACCCCCCAUCUUCUACGAUUAUGUCUUAUUAGCUCCUCCAUCCUACAGGAUUGUAAUCUGGUCUUUCUUGUCAGGGUGAGCCUGGGGACUCGUUCGGUUCUUAUAUCUUCCUGGUUUUGGGUUCGGCGAAUUUCUCUUUUGCAAGACCAAAAGCAAGAUUUUCUUCCUGUGUUAUAUACAAUUUCCUACUAUCUAUCGCCUCCUGCAUGUUUUAUCUACUGAAGAACAACCAAUGAUGAUGAUACCAUUCUAUUGAAACAUGUUGAAGAAAGAAAU